AUGGUGCCCAUGCCUUUUGGGGUGCUCCUGGCCCUGCUGCCACUUGCUGGGACUCUGCAGAACUCAGGUACCCGAGGUGGGAGCCAGACCCCGGAGCCUGCUGAGCCCGCCCUGCGCCGCCUGUCCCACCACCUGCUGGCACACUACCAGAAGGGCACCCGCCCCGUGCGGGACUGGCGAACGACCACCAACGUGUCCAUCGACCUCAUGGUCUACGCCAUCCUCAGCGUGGAUGAGAAGAACCAGGUGCUGACUACCUACAUCUGGUACAGGCAGCACUGGACAGAUGAGUUCCUCAGGUGGGACCCAGCGCACUUUGACAACCUGAUGCAGAUCUCCCUCCCUGCUGAGAGCAUCUGGGUGCCCGACAUCCUCAUCAAUGAGUUUGUGGACGUCGGAAGGUCCCCCCGUGUUCCCUACGUCUACGUUGGCCACCACGGGGAGGUGCAGAACCUAAAACCCAUCCAAGUGAUGACUGCCUGCAGCCUGGAUAUCUACAACUUCCCUUUCGACGUCCAGAACUGCUCACUCACCUUCACCAGCUGGCUGCACCACGUCCAUGACAUCAACCUCUCGCUAUGGAGGCAGCCGGAGCUGGUCAAGUUUGACCGGAGUGUCUUCAUGAACCAGGGCGAGUGGGAGCUGCUCUAUGUCCUCAGUCACUUCCAGGAGUUCAGCGUCAAGAGCAGUGACAGCUAUGCUGAGAUGAAGUUCUAUGUAGUCAUCCGGAGACGCCCUCUCUUCUACACCGUAAGCCUGCUGCUCCCCAGUAUCUUCCUGAUGGUCAUGGACAUCGUGGGCUUCUAUCUGCCUCCCAACAGUGGUGAGAGGGUCUCUUUCAAGAUCACCCUCCUGCUGGGCUACUCAGUUUUCCUCAUAAUUGUAUCUGACACGCUGCCCGCUACAGCUGUCGGCACCCCCUUGAUAGGCAUCUACUUUGUGGUGUGCAUGGCACUGCUGGUGAUCAGCCUGACAGAGACCAUCCUCAUUGUGCGCCUGGUGCACAAGCAGGAUCUGCAGCCCCAGGUCCCCCACUGGGUGAAGCACCUGCUGCUGGAACGAGCCACUGUCCUUCUCUGUAUCCGGGACAGAAAGAAACUGAGCCAGAGCAGGACGCAGAGCUUGGACAUCACCAGGCAGGUGGAGAACACCGACAGCACAGCCAAGCUGAACCCCUACAGCUGUGAGGACCCUCGGGAGUCUGAGGCGGCGGAGGGUGUGAGGCCCACAUCAGAGGGCUCCCUGCUGGCACAUGGCAUCCUGCGCGAGGUCACCGCCAUCCGCCAGUUCCUGGAGAAGCGUGAGGAGUUCCGUGACGUCGCCCGUGAGUGGCUGCAAGUGGGCUAUGUCUUGGAUGUCCUGCUCUUCCGGGCCUACAUGGUGGCUGUCCUGGCCUACAGCAUCACGCUGGGUACCCUCUGGUCGGUGUGGCGAGAUGCCUGA